AUGAAGGGCUUCCUGCGCUCGCUCAGCAGCAGCCGCCGCUCCAGUAUGCUUCCAUCAUCCUUCCCCCGCGCAAUUCCCUGCGGCCAAACGCUAAUCCACCCUCCAGGUCCCGGUGAUGAUAGCGAACAGGACUAUCCGGAUGACUCGCCGGAGGCCAUUCUGCUGCGUGAAAUGAAAACUUUUUGCGAAGCCAGCAGCGGGCCCGAUAGUCAGCAAGGAAACGAGUUCGUUCAUCUCCCGCGCAUCGUCGAGUCCGCCGAAUCAAGCCCCGCGGCCGCCAAAGAAGCCGCGCAUCGCAUCCGCAAAUACCUCUCCAGCCCGGGCAGCACCCCGAACCACGUCCAAUACAAUGCGAUCAUGCUUAUGCGCAUCCUGGCCGAUAACCCGGGCCAUAGCUUCACGCGGAAUUUUGACUCCAAAUUCUGUACCACGAUCAAGGAGUUGCUGCGCAAUGGGCGGGACUGGCAUGUGCAGCACUACCUGCGCCAGUAUCUAGCUCAGCUGGAGGCGACCCGACACUGGGAUGAUGAUCUACAGCUGUUGCUGCAGGUGUGGGCAAAAGAGAAGGCAAAGGGAGGCCGGUCUUUUAUGGAUCGGUAUCCCACAGCCUCCGCGACAAACGCAAAUAACCUAACGGCGCAAUCUCCAGUCCCGCAACCCAUGCGCGCACCAGCACCGAACAGGACCUUGCCAGAACCGGGCGAGCUGGCUGCGCGCAUCGAGGAGGCGAAGAAUUCGGCUAAACUGUUGAUGCAGUUUGUUCAAACAACACCACAGGCCGAACUGGAGGAAAACGACUUAAUUAAGGAAUUCAUCGACCGUUGUCGGACCUCCUCGCGAUACCUGCAAGGUUAUAUUCAUUCGACCAACCCGGCUCCAGACGAGGAGACCCUCCUUACACUGAUCGAGACCAACGACGAGAUCUCCGUUGCAUUAUCCCACCAGCAACGCGCUAUGCUCAAGGCGCGCAAGGCUCGUGGAUCGGCCACCCCGACCUCCAAUCUGGGCAGCCCCGCUUCACCAGUCAGUGAGUCCGUCGCAUCAGGCGGCGUAGGAGCAAGCCCUGCUCCUCCUGCUCCAACAGCGGCAGCGGCUAUUCUUGCCACCGAGUCAGCAAAGCGUGAAUCAAGAAGUCCCCAGGAGCAAUCUGCACCAGUGAUAGAGCUUCCCUCCACGUUCACCGUCGACCGGUCGACCACCCUCCGCAGCAAUCCCGAGCAGUACGAAUACAAAUCGUCCGAUUUCGAGGUCCAGAACCCGUUCGCCGACGAAAAUGUGGCGAGUGACUCGGAUGCAGAGCGGCAUCAGCAAGAGCAACAGCAACAUGCAACGACGACGGCUACCUCCACCGAUGGACGUGUGCGUUUCCAGCCUACCGAGCAGGAACGUUGA